AUUCAUUCCAUAAUUUAAUUCGUAUAUUCUCAUUCACUCAAUUAUGGCCGCGGCGUGUCUCGAGUUGUUGUAAUUGUGGUCGUAAUAAUUUAUCAAUUUAAUAGUUCCCAUUACUACGAUGGGAUCAUUCGGCAAAUUCGUGGCAGAUUACUGUAAAAACUGGGAAAAAUCAGGAAAAGAACAACUCCUUAAGUAUGUGACGCAAUCUAUAAAAGAUGAAGAGAAAAGUCCACUGUUUUCAAAAUCAGGAAAGCUCUCUGGGCUCUCACAGACAAUUUAUGAUUUGUUGCUGUGUGGCCUUAGAGGGCAUCUAAAAAAAGAAGCAGUUCUAUCAGUUCUUAAGGAUAUAACCGCAUUACAUGCAGAUAUACCAUCCAUAGCGUUAGAUGUUGUUUGUGUAUUGGAUGCUGAAACCUGCCAUGAUGUGCAAAGUGAAGAACGUACCAAUUUUUGUAAUAUAGUCAGAGAACUAGAAGGGUUUCUUUCUGACAAAUUAUUGAAGGAAAGAUUAGAAAUUGAUACUCUACAAGAUGUUGGUACACUGAAAAACAAAAAUUUCUAUACUAAAUUUAUCAAAAUUAAAACAAAAUUAUAUUACAAACAGCGUAAAUUUAAUUUAUUUAGGGAGGAAAGUGAAGGUUAUGCCAAACUCAUAGUUGAACUGAAUCAAGACAUAAGUGAGGAUAUGGAAUGGACUAAUUUACUGGAAAUCAUACAAUCACUUAUAGGGUGUUUUAAUUUGGAUCCCAAUAGAGUUUUAGAUAUAAUUCUAGAAUCAUUUGAAGCCAGACCACAAUUGGACCAUCUUUUUAUACCAUUGAUAAAGAACUACAUGGGUGAUCCUCAAGUAAUUUCAGAGGUUCUGGGUUUUAAACUAGGAAACAUAGAGGUGCUGUAUAAUUAUAAAGAACCACCGCAGUUAAUGACAGUGAUAGCACUUUUAUUACAGCAUCACAUCAUAUCUUUAGAUGACAUUUAUCCUUGGUUACGACCUGAUGACACCAUAAUGGCAAAGGAAGCUGAAAAAGAACUGAAAACAGUACAAGAUUACAUUCGUAAAUUGAAUAUAGUGUCAACUAAGGGUCCACAAGCCAAUCCAAUUGAAUACAUGGAGGAGAAAGUGGAUCUUCAGGAAUAUUGGACUAAUCAAAAGUUGGUGCUGUGCGAAGCCCUCCUGACCGUGAACGCUUGGCGCGAGUUUGCGGCCCUGUUCGGCCGGCUGCCCACAUCGAGCAUGCCGGCGAGACCUGCUACAGCACUCUGCGGAAUGUUGCACGCUCUUGUCGAGCCAUUGUACAGAACACAAUGUCGAGUUGCUCCUAAGAUAAUGGGUAAACCCAUUCCACCGUUGAAAUCAAAUUUAGCGCCGCCGGCUUGUAAAACAUUUGAAGACAUGAAGAAUACCGUUAUACCUGCUUUAAUCUUACUGGGACCCUCAUUGCAUUAUGAUCCUAUUUUAAUGUAUAAGAUAAUUCGUAUACUAAGAACUGCUAGAUCUCUAAAGGAAGAUCCUUUACAUUAUGAAGCAUUAACUGUAUUAGAUGCUGCCAUACUGCCAUCCCUUACUUUAAUGGAGGGUAACUGUUGUAUGGCUGAAGAAGUUUACACAUUGUUAAAGUUGUACCCAUAUCAAUGCAGAUAUUGUCUCUAUUCUCGAUGGAAGAAUGAGGCUGGAGAGCGCAUGCCCUCACUGAUGCGUGUUAGGGGCAACUCAUUGCAACGAAUAAAACACAUAAUGAAACGUGUCUCGAAAGAAAACAUUAAACCGCAAGGUCGCCUCAUUGGCAAACUGUCGCACGCGGCGCCGGCGUUUCUUUUUGAUUACAUGUUGUUACAGAUCCAGACGUACGACAACCUGAUCGGGCCGGUGGUGGAGUCGCUGAAGUACCUGACGCUGCUGUCGCUGGACGUGCUGGGGUUCUGCCUGGUGGAGGCGCUGGGCGCGCGCGGGCUGGCGCCGGCGUGGCUGCAGGCGCUCGCCGCCUUCGCGGGCGCCGCCUUCAAGAAGCACAACAUCGAGCUCACCGCGCUGCUGCAGUUCGUCGCCAACCGCCUCAAGGCGCAGCAGAGCCAAGAUUUACUAAUAUUAAAAGAAAUUGUACAAAAAAUGGCGGGAAUUGAAGCAGCCGAAGAAAUGACUCCCGAGCAACUUGAUGCCAUGGCUGGCGGUGAAUUGCUAAAGGGAGAGGCUGGAUACUUUUCACAAGUACGAAAUACAAGAAGAUCAUCAGCAAGGUUAAAAGAAGCGAUAGUUGGCAACAACUUAGAUAUCGCGUUGUGCAUACUUUCAGCGCAACAACGCCAUUGCUGUGUUUGGAAAGAAUAUGAUGACGACCCUGCCGUAACCGGAGAACCUCCAGGAUCGCAGUUGAAGGUGGUAGGAAGGUUGGCAGAUCAAUGCCAGGACGCUCUUGUACAGCUGGGCACUUUCCUGGCGUCCUCUCAUGCACCCGACGAAUAUGCUGCCAGACUACCGCCAUUACCGGAAUUGCUUCGUGAUUACCAUGUGGACGCCGACGUUGCAUUUUUUUUGCAUCGUCCAGUAAUAGCUCAAAAAAUUGCUGCUAAAAUGGAAUCUUUGCGAAAACAUUCAGAUAGUAAAUCGGAUACACCGGAGAAAAGCAUCGAAAGAUAUAAUGUUGCGUCAAAAGAAGCGUUAGAACCAAUAUUGCAAUCGAUUACUCCAAUGUUAUCUGCUAGAGUUUGGGAAGAUAUAUCGCCAGAGUUUUAUGUUACUUUUUGGUCCCUUUCUAUGUACGAUCUUCGUGUGCCAGUCGAAAGUUACGAAAGGGAAAUAGAACGCUUGAAAAUAGCAGCAGCCAAUGCCGCUAAAGAUACCUCUCAGGGAACCAAGGGCAAGAAAGAACAGGAGCGUUUCAACACCCUCAUUGAUAAACUACAGGAGGAGCGGCGGCGGCAGCAGGAGCACGUGGCGCGCGUCACGGCGCGGCUGCAGCGCGAGUGCGCCGGCUGGUUCCCCACGCGCGCCGCCAAGUCCGCCAAGAACGAGACCGUGACGCGCCUCAUGCAGCUGUGCCUGUUCCCGCGCUGCGUCUUCACGGCCGCCGACGCGCUCUACUGCGCCGAGUUCGUGCACACCGUGCACUCGCUCAAGACGCCCAACUUCUCCACGCUGCUGUGCUACGACAGGUUAUUCUGCGACAUCACAUACUCGGUGAUGUCGUGCACGGAGGGCGAGGCGGCGCGCUACGGCACGUUCCUGUGCAAGGUGCUGGGCACGGCCAUGCGCUGGCACGGCGACAAGCAAGCCUUCCACCGCGAGUGCGCGCAUUACCCGGGCUUCGUCACCAAGUACCGAGUCUCGAACCAGUUCACAGAGGCCAACGACCAUGUCGGAUAUGAAAAUUACAGGCAUGUAUGUCAUAAAUGGCACUACAAAAUCACGAAGGCAAUGGUGGUCUGCUUGGACUCUGGUGAUUAUGUACAAAUACGUAACGCUCUCAUCGUGCUGAUUCGUGUGUUGCCACACUUCCCCGUACUGGCUAGACUGGCACAGAUCAUCGAAAAAAAAGUUGACAAGGUAAAAGACGAAGAGAAAACCCAAAGACAAGAUUUGUACGUUCUGGCUACCGUGUACAGCGGCCAGUUACGUAAUAAAGGUCCUAACAUGAGGGAAAGCGAUUUUCACCAGAUGAGCGACAAGCACAAGAUAGCGGCGGUCGGCGCGGGCGGUGCGGCCGGCGCCGCGGCGGGCCCGGGCGGCGCGGGGGCGGCGCGGGCGGCGGCGCGGGGGGCGGCCUCGCCCGGGGCCGCGCCCGCCGCCGCACCCGUCGCCGCAGACGCUGAGAAGCGGGAGUCACGUACCAGCGACCGACGUCGGGAAGAAUCCGAUCGCGAAAAAGAAUCUAAACGUGAAUCGCGAUCUUCAAUCAAGGAAAGGAACAAGGAGGAGAAUAGACCCAAAGAAAAAUCGCCCAGAGAACGUUCGCAUAGGGAUAAUUAUCUAGAGACAGUGUCCCCGCCACACGAACACCGCAGUGCUACCGAUGACAUAGAACGAGAUGUGAAGCGCCGUAAAGUAGAAAACAGCGGCAAUGGCAAGGGUAGUAAAGAAAUAGAAGAAAGAUCACCAGAGAAGGAAAAAAGGAAAAAUAAAAUAAGAGGUGAUGACCGCAAAGAACGUAAGAUGAAUCGUAAGAGGGACAGAACAGAAGAAUCUGCUAUUUUAGAACAGAAAAGAAGACGGGAUGAGCAGAAAGCCAUAAUCAAGAUGGGAAGUCAUCAGAAUGGUUCGCAAGACGAUCACCAUUACGAAAAGUACCAUAAGAGGGAGAAAUCGCCUUUUCGAGAUCGUUCUCAUGAAGAACCAAGAGAUAAACAUAGGCGAUCAAAUGAAUCGAAAAUAAGAAGAUGAAGAACCUUAAGGAUAAUAAGAAACUAGCAGAUAACCUAGACACGACAUUAAUUAAUUAGGAAACCAAUAAAAUAUUUUAACAAGAUAAA